AGCAUCUCUAGUUUAAUUGGACCCUUGAAAGGGCCAGUGCAAAACCAAGCCCAAUUCUAAACCCGAAAAUGCAAUAAGGAAUUGAAAAAAAAAAAAAAUCAAGAAUUUGCAGAGCUAAGUUUUUUGCCAUUGUAGUGAAAUCAAUUCCGCUGAAUCGCCCUGUCCGUCCUACCUAUCUUUCUCCAUCUCACAGGCACGCCACACAAGGUCCUGAUUUUGAAUCACCACCAGGCACCAGGUGCACCACUGACUAAUGGAGGCAAGGAGUGAAAAUGAACCAGAAGUAGACAUCAAGGCAUCAGAAAUAGAAUAUGUUAGCUAUGGAGGUGAACAUCAUCUACCUCUUAUCAUGAACCUUGUUGAUGAAGAGCUUAGUGAGCCCUACUCCAUCUUCACUUACCGCUACUUUGUCUAUCUUUGGCCACAAUUAUCUUUUAUGGCCUUCCAUAAGGGGAAAUGUAUAGGGACGGUGGUCUGCAAGAUGGGGGAGCAUCGUGGUACGUUCAGAGGUUACAUUGCUAUGCUUGUGGUGCUUAAGCCUUACAGAGGCAAAGGAAUCGCUACAGAACUUGUCACAAGAUCAAUCAAGGUGAUGAUGGAAUCUGGUUGUGAAGAGGUGACUUUGGAAGCAGAAGUUACGAAUAAAGGAGCACUCGCUUUGUAUGGCCGUCUUGGAUUUAUUAGAGCAAAGAGACUUUUUCGUUAUUAUUUGAACGGUGUAGAUGCUUUCCGGCUGAAGCUAUUGUUUCCACGCGCAGAACCACAACCCUUUCAUUCCAUGGCUGCUGAUGGUGAUGAUAGCCAUGAGUAUAAUGAGCAUGUACAUUAUGGAGAGAAUCCCCCUUGUUGCCAACACAGCAUGUAAACUGAAUAUUCUGAUUAAACAGGUAACUUGUGCUAUGAUAUCAGUGGUGGAGCCAGAAUUUCAUUAAGGGGAUUCAACUUUUAAAAAAACAGGCUAUACCAAGUUUGUGUUUCAAGUCAAGGGAAUUCAACCCUUGUAAUUUAUCACGCAUUUUAUCAUUUUUGACUUGUAAUGUACAUGUGUAAUAAGUAAAAUUUUGAGCAAGGGGUAUCUUAUGAACCACGUUGCUUCAAUGUGGCUACGCCACUGUGUACUAUGUUGUUGCCAAAUGCCAAAGAGACCACAUUAGACCGCUAUUGGUACAAGUUUUGUUUUUGUUAAGUUGUAGAAACUGAGGCUUGGCCUGCUGAAAGAUUUAGUCGUUAAUCACUUGAUUAUUGAUGCA